AUGUCUACAUCCUCUGGUGGAGAUUUUACUCAACAAAGUGCAAUUCAUGUGGCAGUCACUGGUAAGCAACGAGGAGUCUCUGGAUCACUAUUAUCAACUCUACUUAAGGAAACAUCUGGUUGUCAAGACAAUAUCGUCAUUCAUGAUCUUGAUCUAUACACUGUGAUGAAUCCAAUGGAUGCCGCCACUCAAGCAUCACUUAUUUUGGCCCGAUUAGUACAAACAUUACAGCCUCGUAUCUUAUUCCAUGCUCAACAUGACACUCCUAUGUUCCAUUCCAUCAACACUUUGGUUCAAUCUCUUCGACUUUCUUUCAUUCAAUUACCUUUGAGCGAAGUACAACAUGCUCUUUGGAUCUCAAAAUUACCAUUGGAAACCUUACAAUAUUGGAAUCAAAUCAAAGUUACCUUGGUAGUAAUUACGGAUCGGCGGCCUCAUUCUUUAUCUCGACUAUUGAACUCCAUUCAUCAUGCAAAAUACUUGGGCGACAAAGUAGAUGUAUCAAUUCAUAUGGAACAAUCAGCCGAUCGAGUGACACGAAUGUUUGUGAACAGUUUUCGUUGGGAAUAUGGUGACAAAAGGAUUCGACAUCGUAUUCAAAAAGGAGGAUUGAUGCCGGCCAUUAUCGAAUCUUGGUAUCCUGCCGAUAAUGACGAUUAUGGUGUGCUCUUGGAAGAUGAUAUUGAAGUAUCACCACUCUUUUAUGCUUGGAUCAAAUAUAACAUCCUUCACUAUCGAUACAACACUGACAACUCGGAGGCAUACAACUGGGUAUACGGAAUCAGUCUUUAUUCACCACGCAAUUUGGAACUCAUGCCUGAAGGUCGUAUCAAAUUCGAUCCCAAUGAUGUUUUACUUCCUGAACAUUAUCCACCAAGAACACCUUAUGCAAGUCAAGUACCGUGUAGCUGGGGUGCUGUUUAUUUCCCUGAACAUUGGCGUGAAUUUCAUCAGUACCUGACUAGUCGAUUGUUGGAUUUGAAAACAGAUCAUCCUCGUCUUCAUAUCCAUGUCCCCAAUAGUCGAUCAGAAAGAUGGAAGAAAUCAUGGAAGAAAUAUUUUAUUGAAAUGGUAUAUCUACGUGCCUAUGUGAUGGUGUAUCCCAACUUUCAAGACUUUGAAUCUUUUUCAACCAACCAUUUGGAAUUUGGAACUCAUAUCAAACAUGAAAGAGCACAGGGGGCUAUUGACUCUUUUGUUGUGCCUUUGAUGCAACGUGAUACUUUACUCAGUCAAUUACCCAAUCAACGUUUACCAAGCAUUGACAAGUUACCUCUGAUGGAUUUAUGGGGCCAAUUGAUGACUCACCAACAAAUGGACGCUAUUGCUGCUGAAUGGCAUCAGCAUGUAUCUGCAUGUAUUCGACGACCUUCUCAAGAUCGGUUUGAUCCUCAAGAUCUUCUUUGUCCAUUUCCACGGAAUUCUACCAUCAUCAACACAACAAUGACAACAACAAAGAAAAAACAACAACAAUCCAAGACAGUACACACAAAACAUAUGUUGGAAUAUAUCGAAUAUGUGACAGUAUAUAUGGAUGAAAACCGUGAUCGUAUACUUGAAGACUCCUUUAAUAUGGAUGCUUGGGAUGAUAUGCCUGAAUCUUUGGAUGUGGCAACCAUGACAACCAAGACUAGCGAUCAUGAACAUGAAGAUGAUGAAUUCAAGGAUCUGGAGGAAAAUUGGCGAGAUCUGAAAGAAAUUGCAAUGGAAUAUCAACAACGUGUUUCUUGA